GGAGUCUAGAGCCCGGGCAGCUCAGAGGGACCGCCAGGGCGACCCCGCCCUGGCCCGGUGAUCGAUCACCAAAGAUCCCUGUGUCUUUAAUGGACCGCUUGGAUGGGAAUUAAUUCUGGGAUGAAUAAAUAAUGCAUCGAAGUUUACGUAGUCCUAGGCGAGCCAUCCGUCCGGAGCCAGGAGAGGGAGCCAAGGGGCCGCGAGGGCGACGCCAGCUGCAGGGGGCGACAAGCGGGGCGUGAAGCGCCCAGCAACAGCGCAAAAAGAGGGACGUGGAUGACGGGCUUGGGCCGGUGCGUCCGGCCCCGCGGCUGCAGGAGCAUGCUGAGCCCGAAGAUCAGACAGGCCCGCAGGGCCCGCUCCAAGAGCCUGGUCAUGGCAGAGCAGAGCCGGGGCUCUGGGCAGCCACUGGGCCCUCGCAGGCCAGGCCCCGUGCUGAAGGCUGGCUGGCUGCGGAAGCAGCGGGGCAUCAUGAAGAACUGGCAGCAGCGCUGGUUUGUGUUGUGUGGGGAUCAGCUCUUCUACUACAAGGACAAAGAUGAGACCAAGCCUCAGGGAUUUAUUUCUCUACAAGGGACCCAGGUGACUGAACUUCCUCCUGGCCCCGAGGAUCCAGGAAAGCACCUCUUCGAGAUCAGCCCAGGUGGUGCCAGGGAGCGGGAGAAGGCACUGGCCGGCCCUGAGGCGCUCCUGCUCAUGGCCAGCUCCAGGAGGGACAUGGAAGACUGGGUGCAGGCCAUCCGCCGGGUCAUCUGGGCCCCGCGGGGUGGAGGUACUACCCAUAGCUCGCGUGCCCGCCCUGUAGAACCCUUGCGUAAAGGGAUCUUUGGGCAGCGGCUGGAGGACACGGUCUACCUUGAGCGGAAGUACGGGCCCCGGCUGGCCCCAAUGCUGGUGGAGCAGUGUGUGGACUUCAUCCGGGAGCGUGGGCUCGCUGAGGAGGGGCUCUUCCGCCUGCCUGGCCAGGCUGACCUGGUGCGGGGCCUACAGGACUCCUUUGACUGUGGUGAGAAGCCACUCUUUGACAGCACAACGGAUGUGCACACAGUGGCUUCCCUGCUGAAGCUGUACCUGCGGGAGCUGCCUGAGCCCGUGAUCCCCUUCGCUAGGUAUGAGGACUUCCUCAGCUGCGCCCAGCUGCUCACCAAGGACGAGGGGGAGGGGACUCUAGAGCUGGCCCAACAAGUGCGCAACCUCCCUCAGGCCAAUUACAACCUGCUCACAUAUAUCUGCAAGUUUCUGGAUGAAGUGCAGUCCCACUCAGACGUCAACAAGAUGAGUGUGCAGAACCUGGCAACUGUGUUUGGACCUAACAUCCUGCGGCCACCGAUGGAGGACCCAGUGACCAUCAUGGAAGGCACCUCCCUGGUCCAGCACCUUAUGACUGUCCUCAUCCGAAAACAUGGCCAGCUCUUUAUGGCACCCACCCCAGAAGGGCCCAUAUCACCAUGUAGAAGGUCACCGUGCACCGUGGGCUGGGGCUCUGAGGAGGCCAACAAAGACAGCCAGGGAGAGCCUGGGGACCCCAGCUUGCCCACACACAGGACCUCAUCUCUGGAUGGGCCAGCGGCCGCAGUCCUCUCUAGGACAUCCGCCCUGGGCCAGGGCAGCCCCAGGAAGAGAGUGCAGACGCUGCCAGGCUGGAAGUCAUCUUUCCACCAGCGGAGAUCUGGGUCAGUGAGCCCACAGCAGGGCAGUACGUCCCUGGAGGUGCCUCCGGCCUCUGGAGGCGGCAGUGGUGGCCGGGGAAAUUGGCUCAUGAAUGGGCUGUCAUCUCUGCGCGGCCACCACCGGGCCUCAUCAGAGGACCGGCUCAAGGACUCAAGCUCCACACAGAGACUGUCCACCUACGACAAUGUGCCCCCGCCAAGCCUCUUUCCUAGCACGGCCAGUGUGGCCAGCACAGCGUGGUCCCUGGCCUCAUCACCCCGAGAUGCCUCUGUCAGUAGCUGCACAGCCUGCAGGGCCAGCGACUCAUCUGCUGGCAGCUCCCUGCACACCGAGUGGGCCCUCGAACGAUCCCCACUCCCCAGCAGCAGUGGCGAGGACCACAGGUCUCUCGACCCAGCCUACGGCCCAGAUGAAGCAGGGGUGGGCGACAGCAGCAGCCAGGAACCCAGCAACCCUGGCAGCCCUGGCCAGGACCCUCCCCACCGCUGCCGGGUGCUCCAGGGCCUGGUGGCUGAGCUCAGGGCGGAACUGAGCCACCAGCGGACCGAGUAUGAGGCGAGCCUGAGAAGCAUUGAAGAGGGCAGCGCAGAGCUACGGGGUCAGCUGUCUCGGCUGGAGGAGGAGCUGGACCAGGAGAGGAAGAAGCACUCUAUGCUGGAGAUCAAGCUGCGAAACUCAGAGCGGGCGCGGGAGGAUGCAGAGCGUCGAAACCAGCUGCUGCAGAAGGAGAUGGAAGAGUUCUUUUCCACGCUGGGAAGCCUGACAGUGGGGGCCCAAGUUGCCAGAGCCCCAAAGUGAAAGGACCAGAGGGCACACUCUGUAGGCCAAGCCAGAAGCCUUGUCACUGGUCCAGGCAGGAUAGGCGCUUGGAGACAGAUCCAGCCACCCAUGGACUGUGGGGUCCCCCCCCAUACCCAGGCAGGAUCUGCUGCGUUCCCUCUGACUACACAGGGUCUGGUGGGCAUCAAAGGGGACAGUGACUACAGUGGCUUUUAGCCUCUCACCCAGGAAGAACCCCAGGGCUGCCCGCUGCAAGCUAAGGUGCCCAGAGCUGCAAGCUGCCAGGAGCCAUCGUGCUGUUUAUU